AUGAGGUUCGUCGGCGCCGAUCGGGUCCGCGCGGCGAGGCUGGCGACGCUGCGUGGGGAGUUCGACCGCCUGAAGAUGGCGGACUGCGAGGCGCUAGACGCGUACGCCGGGAGGCUUGCCGGGAUGACGGCGAGGUACGCGAACCUCGGGGAGACGCUGGGCGACGCGGCGCUCGUGAAGAAGCUGCUGGACACCAUUCCGGAUCGGCUGUUCCCCGUCGUCGCCGGCAUCAAGCAGUUCCACGACGUGACGACGAUGGCGUUCGACGAGGCGCUCGGGCGGCUGCGCGCGUUCGAGGAGCGGGUUCGGCGCCGUGGACAAGACGGCGGUGAGCGCGGGGGUGAGCAGCUCCUCAUGACGGCGGCACAGUGGGCAGCGCGCGAGCGUCGACACGGCGGUGCUCAGGACGACGAUGACAACAAGAGCGUGGCGUCGAGCAGCGGCGGGAACCGGCGCGGGCGCUGGUACAAGUGUGGCGAGCGCGGCCACUUCUAG